AUCGAAACAUUGCUAAUUGUGUUGGGUUUGUUUUAGUUUUAAAGGACGAGUCAAUUCAGCCACUGAUAAAAAAAUAAAUUUCCAUUUUUGCCUGUAUUUCCAAUAAUCGGUAUUUUAUUAAUCACUUGUUUGUAUCUGCUGUCCAUGUUAAAUUCAUACAGAAAUCUGAUCCUUAAAGUGAGAAAUUUGGCAAAAACUUUUCUUAUCUACAUUUAUGGUUAUCAGUGUGGAAAAGAUAGACGUUUUAAUUAAUAGUUUGAAUAUUUUGGCAUUUACCUAUUGUGUGCGUUCUCGACGUUUGGGACUGGUUGGAAAUGACCGACCCUCGGACGAAGGCAUAACGCUUUGUAAAUGACUUGGGUCAAACACAAAUUAUCAGAAUGCUGGAAGAUGGGCUGUGUUACGAGCAAACACGAUAUAAAUGACUUGCAUCCAAACAUAUUUCAAGUGAGUAAUGUCGACGAUGUCGGAAAUCGCUUGAGCUCAGGACAGCUUGAAGUCAAUGACACAGAACUUGUUUUUUACCAAAGAGGAAAGACACCCGUGAGAUGGCCUUUACGUUCCCUCAGAAGGUAUGGGUAUGAUAAUCAAGUUUUUAGCUUCGAAGCGGGGCGGAGGUGUCCAACUGGAUCAGGCAUUUAUUCCUUCAGCUGUCGUAGGGCAGAACUUCUUUUCAAUUUUGUCCAGGCCAAUGUACAGUUAAGAAAUAAUGAGGAUACUGUCUCUCGUGAGGUAGGUACACCGACGCCUGUACAAACAAGGCCCACUUCUGGUACGCACUGGGAGCCAACUUCCAACACUGAAACCAUUGUUUCGAACGCAACUGUAACUACAAACAGUCUGGUUUCUGUUAGGCAGAGUAGUCUUCCGAGAUUGUCUUUCUACAAUAAUCCUUCACGGUUGAAUAGUGUUGGAUCUAGCAACGGUUGCGUUUCACCUUCCCCUCCUCUAAGCACUAACAAUAAUUAUACCAAUGAGUUUUUCCCAACUGAGGAGAAUGUAACUGAAAUGCUUUACAUGAAUAUUAACCUUGGUGGGGCUCCGCCUAGUGAAGAGACACCCAUUUACGUCAAUCUCACACCAGGUUCCAUUGAACCGAUGAACACGGUUACAAAUGCUUUAACUACAAACAGAAAUGUUAAUUACAUUGUUUUGGAUUUGGAUAAUUCAACUGAAAAACAAAAUCCACCACCAGAUUCUCCGAAUCGCCCAUCAGAGGGUUAUGUAACAAUAGAUUUUGAUAAAACGGUGGCCCUCUCUCAUUCAGUACAUCCUACUUUUGAAAAUGAAGGUUCAAGAAAAACCAGGCACAAUUCCACUAUUAACGAACUUGUUUCCUCGAGUAGACAGGCUGCCUCACUUUCAGACUGAAAACACAUUGAGACAAUAACAUUUUUUUAUUUCGCAGUCUUUGUGUACAAAAGUAGAAAGUUUAUUGGCUAAAAUGUUCAACACCAAACUUCAAUUCUGGCCUACAACUUGUAAUGUUUAUUAUAUUUUGUUAAUAUGAGAAAUGUUAGUUCAGAAGUCAUUCCAAGGUAAAAAACACCAUUAUCCAGGCUUUUAUUCUUAAAAAUAAUAUUCUGAUUAACAGUCAACACUAAAAAAUGUAAAUAAGUACUUGUAAAUUAUUUUUAAUAAUAUAAUGUUAAGUUAAAUUAAGCAAAACAUAUAGUGAUGAAUAUGUUUUUUAAUAUAUUUCGGAGUGAAUAUGAAUACAGGAAUGUGAAACUAUCUAUUCCUGAAUGGCCAAAUUUCAACAAUGUACUGACCGAUUCAGUAUUAAUGUUUCAGGAAUUUACAUUAUUUAUGAUAGUAUCUAGUUAAUGCUCAAUUUAUAAAAAAAAUUAUAUACAAAACAAAAUAUACAGUUACACUAAUAUUAGCCUUUACACACUAAUAAAUGUUUUUUAAAGAAACUAGUGGGGAAAGUUUACCAAAAUAUUUAUUAGUUACCUUUGCUCAUCGUUGUAACAAGUUCUCCUAUUGUUUAACACCUUUUUUUAUUUGUUAAAAAGCUUGUUUUGCUUUAACAAUUGACUUGGUAUUUAAAAUACAAUGCACAGAAAAUAAAGGGAAAAACAAAGUGACUGUUCAUAAUUACUCUAUUUAAACCGUGUUAUUAUGAUGUACAGUUAAGACUGAAGUCACCAAACCAAAUGGAAAAGAUUUCUAGAAAAAUAAAUUAAACUUAGACUUGUAAAAAGAAAACAAGGUUUUCAAAAAAUAUUUAUGUAAACAUACGUGUUAAUUGUAUUUGCUUAGUCAACAAGAUUGAUUUCACAUAAAAUUUAUCGUUAAAUUGUUCUUAUAAUUUAUAAAUUUAAUUGAUUGUGCAUAUAAAUAUUAAGAUA